UUUCAUUUCAUACCUGGACAAAUGCCGGUGAAUAAGUAGGAGUUUCACUGUUGGAGUUUUUUGAUCUGGAAUUCUGGAGGCAUUCUUUCUCUUUCUCCUUGUCUGCUCGUUUUCCUGCCACAUUAAAUCCUUCUUCUUCUCUUCAGGAGGACUUAACAUAACUUUUCGCAGUAUUGUAUCCAAUUCAUAUUAAACCGAAUUCAUGAAACUGCCGUUGUCUUCUGUCGCGAUAAGCAAAGUUUCUGGGUCCACGCCAGUCCCCCCGGUACUGAAGAAACUCUUGUCGAGAAAGUCCUCCGUACUGGAUAGAGCUAGCAUGGACCGAUUUGAAAAGGUUGAAAAAAUUGGGGAAGGUACGUACGGAGUGGUUUACAAGGCAAGGGACAUAACGAACAAGAACCGUUUAGUAGCUCUGAAGAAAAUCCGGCUUGAAUCCAGGGAGUCUGAAGGAAUUCCGAGUACGGCAGUUAGAGAAAUUUCACUCCUUAGAGAAUUAGAUCAUCAAAAUGUGGUAUGUUUACUUGACGUGAUUCAUGCGGAUCAUAAGCUCUACCUUGUUUUCGAGUAUAUGGAAAUGGAUCUUAAAAAAUUUAUCGACACGCAGACGACAGGAUUACCAAUGUUACAAGUAAAGUCGUUCCUCUACCAGAUGCUUCGGGCCCUCGUCUAUUGUCACACGCAUCGAAUCCUUCAUCGCGAUCUGAAACCUCAAAAUUUACUAAUUGACAGCAGUGGUAGUCUUAAGCUGGCCGAUUUCGGCCUUGCCAGAGGAUUUUCGAUGCCAAUGCGGACUUAUACGCAUGAGGUCGUGACCCUGUGGUAUAGAGCCCCAGAAAUUUUACUAGGCACGAAAUAUUAUACAACCACCGUCGAUUUGUGGAGUGUGGGGUGCAUUUUCGCGGAAAUGUUGACCAGAAAACCACUAUUCCCAGGAGACUCGGAAAUUGACCAACUAUUUAGAAUUUUUAGAACAUUAGGAACCCCCGAUGAGACCACUUGGCCCGGUGUGCAACGACUUCCCGACUAUAAACCUUGUUUUCCGAAAUGGGAUCGUCAAAACUUGAAAAAUUUUGUUCCUCAGUUAACCAAUAAUCCUGAAGGGUUAGAGUUAUUAGAGGCCUUGCUAACGUACUGCCCGAUUGCCAGAAUUUCCGCAAAAGACGGUGUCAAGCAUCGCUACCUGCAGGAUAUGCUUGCAACAUUUUCAGCUAACCAUAGCACAAAAAGAAAUGGAAAAGUUGUAUGAAGUUGUACGUGCAUGUCAAUUAGACUGAUUCGCGAAAACUUGGAGAACCAAUACCAAAGGUGUUAAAUCCGCAUUCUUAUGUCACUAUGCGUGGGAUGUUUUAGAAAUCCAAUAAUUUCUCGUCUACCGUCUGCGCCUUAGUUGUUUUUAUACAAACAAAAGGAUUAUUUAUAUUUCUCUUGAUGAAUGAAACGAAUGUUUCACGCUUUUACGUCACACUCUGUAAGUAAGUUAUUAUCAUACUAUUUGUUGCUUGUCGUUUUAAUUUUGAACUGGAAAAAUGUGUUCCAAAAUCAGCAAUACCAUUAUUGUAUUUAAAACGUUUUGUAAGUAUAUACUUAUUUUAAUUCUCAGCGUUCGCAGUUUUUAAAUGUAAAAAAUGUUUAUCGUUGUCAGAUUUUCUUCCUCUGCAUGUCUAAUUAUAAUCGUUCCUGUAUGUGAUAUGAUCAAAAUUUUAAGAUUGGCUAACCCGUUGGAAAUAAUAGUACAAAACAAAGUACAUAUAUCUUCAA